AAUUGUUUCGACCUACUCGGUCAUUUUCAAGAGUACGAAAAGUAACUAAGUUUAUCAACUUAAGUGUGCGACAUGCUUAGCUAUAUACAUUGGACAAAGUGGGCGUUCUAUUACUACUCGUCUUAAAGAACAUGUUCAAAGUGUAAAAAAACAAAAUGUUACAACGGUAUUAACGGAAUAUUGCAUUACAAAUCAACAUGAUAAAGAUUUAAACGAUGUAAAAUUGUUACAUACGCUAACAAAAAGUAAAACACUUCCACUUUUAAAUAAUCUGGAGAUCAAGAACGCUCUUCAAGCAACAGGAAAAACAUUAGUGAAUUAUCAGAGAGAAUCACUAACCAUUAAUUCACUUUUACUUAUUGAUAAAUUUUAAGUCCCAUGUUAUUUUAUCAUUGUCUCUAUGGGAGCCCCACUCUCCUAUGUUAAGUGUAAAUUUUGAAAAUUUACAUGUUAGUCUUAGUUACUUUUCUGUAUUCUUGAAAAUGACCGAGAAGGUCGAAACAAUUGUCGAGUUGUUUUUUAAUUAUAAUAUUGUUGAAAAAAUCUUGUGUUUUAUUUUAGCAUUCAACCUACGAUAGUCUUAAUUUUAUUUAAAUUUAUUGACGAUAUAAUUUCGGCUGUUAGGAAAUAUUAAAAGUUUAAGUUUGAUAUAUAACAUGCUCCGUAAGACUAGUUUUAAAUAGCACAUUACACAGUGAAUGCACCACAGACAACAUUACUUAAGAAGUUAACGCAUUCAUUUCGGAGAAACGAAAUAUUUUUGUUAAUGAAGAAUCAAAAAAAGCAUUAAAUCAAUUUGACGUCGAAAUUUAAAUAUUGUUAACAUUACGACAAUAAAACAAAAUCAAGUAUAACUUGCACACGAUAGCAAGAGAGUGAAGACCAGUCUUCGGACUCACGCACCGAGGAUUCCAAAGUCUCGAAGAUUUUCCUCGCUUUUUCAGAGUAUGUAUUAAGUUUUCUCCAAAAUCACUCCCCAAGACGUAUAAUUAAUUUUUUUUUGUGAUACAACUACAAAUUUGUUAUUUUCUGAUAUUUCCCUUUACUUGUGGUAUGAGUCAUUGCUUCUUACCUUUCAUGAUUCUGGGUUAAUGGGAAGUACCUACAGGUUUUGAUUUCCUUGCGAGUGUCUUUUGAUUGCGUUGACAUACAAGUUUCAUUUCGUCACAGCUCCAAGGGAUUUCAUAUCUGAAUAUUUGAUUUUAAUUUCAACUUGAUACUUCCACGCAUUCCUGAAAAAAAGGACCCUGACAGGCAGACAAGCGGAAGAACAAGGAAGUGAUCCUAAAAGAGUUCCUUUUUCCCAUUGGAGAUAUGGAACCCUAAAACUGCGACACUCGGUAUCGUAGCACCAGUUUUCCAUCCGUAGAAUAUCUAGAUCAACGGUGGCUGUGUCGGUGCCACCACAACAGUAAGUUGUCCUAAGUGUGCUGUGCCUCUUCAUCAGCUUAAUCAAACAAGCAAACGAGGAGCGAACUAGUGCUGGUCGCGACAAGCCGACGAGGACACGGGUGGCUAUGAUCGCGGUGGUGCUGUUGAUAUGCGCAACCGUCUUCGUCGAGUUUGGUGGAUUCCUGGUGGUUGCUGGGACACCGAGGCAACGGCAAAAGUUUCUGUUGCACUUGCAUGAGCAAUUCGACCCCCUUGUCACUGUAAUAUGCGAAGCUAGAUGUUGGAACACCACCAACAAAAAUAGGUGCGUAAAGGCUUGUUUAAUGAAAGGAGUCGACAAACCAGGAAGUUGUCCAGGGUUGGACUCAACAGGUGGAUCGAGAUUCGCGUUUGCCUGUUUAGAAGCUUGUAACAAAGACAUUCAUUGUCCAGGACUGACCAAAUGCUGCAAUCACAGAUGCGGGAUCACCUGUCAAAUACCGAAAAAUUUAAACAACGUAAAAGAUGUUCCGGAGCUGCCAACAAACUUAAUAGUGCGAGAACAACGCCGAAAAAGAUCGCUCAUGUUAAAAUGGGAACCAGGUGGAUCUCCGCCAGGUAUAGUUCUGUAUUUAGUGGAAGAACGACAUCACAUUGGAAAAUACCUCGUCGAAAAUCGUAUGAGCCAUUGGACUCCUUGCAUACGUACCCCUAAACCGAAAAUAGUAUUGAAAAAGAUUUUAAAACCCGGCCGUUGGUACCAAUUCAGAGUUACAGCAGUCAACAAAAACGGCACCAAGGGUUAUUCAGAGCCGUCCAGGUUCGUUACGUCAUCAGGUAACUUUGUCUUUAGUAAUGCAGUUCCAGGUCCUCGGCCACCAAAGCCGCCCGAAAACAUCACCGUUGAACUUCUGAGCAUCAACAACAGCUCCAUGAACUUUCUGGUGAAGUGGACGCCACCAUAUUCUGAUCUACCGAUACAGAAAUAUAAAGUGUUUUGGAGCAGACGACUCAAAGGCAUCAUAAAUUUGGAUUCCGUUUUGGUACAUCAUAAAACCGUACAAAAGGUAAGUCAAAAGAAUUUUACAUUAUUAUUAACAACAUCCACGAAUUUCUAAACCUACUCAAGGAAAGGUAAGUGAAAUUAAAAUAAGUGGUAGAAAUUCGGCCAUUUGCGUCUUUUUAUCUUUAAUUUAAUAUAUGGUAAAUGUGAAUACUUGUGACAUACACAAUAACUAACUAUAACUGUUUAACUUUUUUUACGACCUGCAUAAGGGAUCACGACCCCCUAAAAACCUUUCAUUUAGGUCAUAUUUAUCAAUGAAGUUAUGUAAUAUAAGACAUUAUCUAUUACUAAAUUACUUAAUGGCUGUUCUCUUUAAACUUACAUUU